GCUCCAGAAAAUUUCCGACCCAUCCACGUUUUCUCAAAUUUAUUAUUUUCUUCCACGUGUCAACAUCGCGUUAAACCUUCACAGCUCUUACACGAAGUUGCAAGACCUAUCAAGAACUUUCUUCCCACCCAUGACCGCCGCUUUUAUAAUAUCCCCCUAAAACUUCCUUCAUUUCACAACCGGAGAACAAAGGAGCGAAAAAAAGGAAAAUAACGAAUACCAAAAAUUCAGCCCUAAAAGCUAGCAGCACUAUCCAUAAGUCCUUUCCAUCCACUCUCAGCUUUUGAAGUUUAGGAUGAUGUGGAAUCAGGCGUACCGGAAAAAUGAUACGGAGGCCGGACCCAGGCCUUUGUAUCCGAUGAUGUUGGAGCCGCCGGAGAUGAGGUGGGAUUUUAUCCGGAAAAUUUACUCAAUCGUGGCCAUCCAAUUGUUGGCUACAAUCGCGGUCGCCUCCACGGUGGUUACGGUCCGCCCGAUUGCUCAUUUCUUUGUCAGCACUGGCGCCGGAUUGGCUCUUUACAUAGUCCUAAUAAUCACGCCUUUCAUUGUUUUGUGCCCACUGUAUUACUAUCACCAGAGGCAUCCCGUGAACUAUCUUCUACUUGGAGUUUUUACCGUUUCUCUGGCGUUUGCAGUUGGAUUAACGUGCGCUUUUACCAGUGGGAAGGUUAUUUUGGAGUCUGUGAUUCUGACAGCUGUUGUGGUCGUGGCUCUUACUCUGUACACCUUCUGGGCUGCAAGGAGAGGCCAUGACUUCAACUUCCUCGGGCCUUUCUUGUUUGGUGCCAUCAUUGUUCUUAUGGUUUUUGCUUUGAUCCAGAUUCUCUUCCCACUGGGUAGAUUAUCUGUUAUGAUCUAUGGGUGCCUGGCCUCUAUCAUAUUCUGCGGCUAUAUCAUCUACGACACAGACAACUUGAUCAAGCGCUACUCUUAUGAUGAAUACAUAUGGGCUGCUGUAUCUCUGUAUUUGGACAUAAUCAAUCUCUUCCUCUCUCUGCUUACUGUUUUCAGAGCUGCUGAUAGUUAAAAGAAGAUCACAGUGCCUAUCCUAUUUCCUUUUCCAGUUGGAACCGGAGUGCCUGUGGAGGCAAAAGUGCGGUCGGUACAGUCAGCUGAGCGCAGACUGUGAGUGUUGGCAUGAUGGUAGGUAGGCAGGCAAACGCCUGGGCAUCAUAUCUAGUUAUAAUAGAACAGUAGUUAGCGUGGUAAAUUCAUCAGACAAAAAGGUGAUUAAGUUUACUUGAUUUAUAUUUAGGGAUAUUACAAAAAAGUGGUUUUUCAUUUGGGAAAAGGGUGAUACAUAACAAAAUGUAAUAUUUGAUUUUUACGAAUAACUAUAUCA